AUGUCCCACUCCCACACUGCCCACACCAUCAAGAGCGAGAAGCCUCCCACCUCUUCGGACAACCUUGAACCUUGUGAGUUGCACGACCUGUCGCUGGGAUUGCCGAGCGAUGACGACGGGGUGGUGCGAGAGCGAGACUGACCGACCCCGAACGGCGAAUAACCUCGGUCGCACCCACCAACGCCCACACAGACAAGGAUCAGGUGAUGAAGGAUGUUCAAAAGGUGCAACUUGUACUGAACGAGAAGGUCGAGAUGCAAGUCCUUGGAUGUCUGGUCGUCAACAGGCUGCUCACAGUCGGAACACAAGCUGACGGGACUCUUGUUGCACCGCCGAUCGCACCAAACCAACCCACUGCAACGCUCGAACACCUCCGAUCGCGCCUUGGGGAGCUCGGAAUGACCGACAGUGCGAGGAAACACUAUGUUGAUCCGGCGCAGGAGUAUCUCGUGGCACAGGCUCAUGCACGGCCGAUCAUGACCGUCAGUUGUCUUCUCGCUCGUCGGUGUGCUCGUCGUCACGCGUCACGUCGCGUCUCCAGCUGGCUUUCACGCUCAACUUAACCGCGCUCCUCGUGGCCUCGGCUCGCUGCGUCAGGCCGAUCGGGUCCCGGCGCAGCACCCGAUCGACCGCAGCACGACCUGACUUUUUAAGGUAUGGUCAACUGACUCACAUGAAUCAUCACAGUCGCUGCUCGGUGUCUUUUUUGCGCUGUCCUUCUUCCCCGUCCUUACGUUUGUCCUCUUCUCGCUCGGCGCCAUUCUCACCGUCGGUGGUACGGCUCUCGUCAUCUCUCUCGCCAUCACGGAAAGCCUUCUAGAACGCCCGUGUUGA